AUGGUUGAGGGUGAGCUCCAGCCCCUUGGCCUUGCUGGAAAAGAAACGGAGCAUGAUCACUAUGCGCCAAAACAAGGGGUGAACCUGGCCGAGGUUGACCUGGUACCUCUUGUAGAAAUCGAUGAUGACUGGAUCGAUAGGACCCAGUGUGAAGGGCCCUACAAUGAUGAAACUGCCCCACAUGCCAUACCCAAGACCUUCAAGAUGCCGCCAUAUCUGAAGAUAUACGAUGGUACGACCGACCCCGAGGAUCAUGUGACUCACUAUGUCACUGCAGUAAAUGGUAAUGAUACCGCCAAAGAACAGAUGACCGAUAAGUCUGUAACGGCUCUUGUUGGGGCCAAAAAGACGGAGGCAAGAGUGAACGAUAUAUUUGCCAUAAAACAAUCACCCGGAGAGGGGUUGAGGGAUGGCUGUAUAGCUUUCCAAAACGAGCUAAACAGGAACAGCUCGAGGGCGACCAGAAAAUUAUUAAGUCGUCUUAUGAAAUAUCUUCCAACCACUUGGGAUAAAAUACACAACGCCUAUUAUGCCGAGGUCUGUGCUGACGAAGACGACCUAAAUAGGCCAACCCAUCGGUUGACCUCGGUACAGGCCGAAUCCAGGAAGGAUCAAAGAAACUAUGCUAGGAAAGAUCUUGCAGCUCCUCGACCCUUCAGAGAAAGACAUCAGUCAUAUAUCAGAAGCGCCAUCAUGCCCCCUUCCUGCUACGAAGAGGGCCCAUCUAGGCCGAGGACAAGGACUCACCGGAAUGAGAGAGGUAUGCCUCCCUUAUUAUCCACUCAUAACUUUAGUGUGUCACCCUCAGAAAUAGUCUACAUACUGGAGAAGCUCGGACCAAAAGCGAAGUGGCCACAGAAGAUGAGGUCAGACCCGAGCACCAAAAAGUCAAACGUCCUCUGUGAGUUCCAUCAAGAGCGAGGUCACAAAACUGAGGAUUGCAUCGUUUUAAGUCAGGAGGUCGUAAAUAUGCUUCACCAAGGACACCUCAAAGAAUUUCUUAGUGACUGA